UGCCGAUUCAGUGUAUUUCUGGUCUCCACUGGCAACGGAACGAUGGGGGCACUGCAAUCUCUGCUUGGUCUGCUGCUGCUGUGGCCUCUGUGCAGCCUGCAGGCGGCGCGCAUACUGGCGAUAUUUCCCUUUGCGGGUCCGUCGCAGUACAUCAAUGUGCGGCCCUAUUUGAUGGCCUUGGCCGGCCGUGGCCACGAGGUCACCUCGAUCAAUGCCUUUCCGCAGAGGAAGCCGCUGAAGAACUUUCGCGAUAUACCCGUGCUGGAGGUGUUCGACGAUUAUGAUGAUAUCAUCACUCAGGUCAGUGUGCCAAUGAAUCUCUGGGAGGAGAAUAACUUCAUCAACAAGUUCUUUGUGGACACAACGCGCGCCGUGUUCCUGAAUAAGGAGGUGCAGGAGACACUGCUGCCGCCCGGCAAGGAUCACUACGAUUUGAUUAUUGUGGAAGCUUUGCGCUCGGAUGCAUAUUAUGGCUUUUCGGCUCACUUCAAUGCGCCCCUCAUUGGCGUGUCCACCUUUGGCACUGACUGGAACAUUGAUGAGCUGGUGGGCAAUACCUCACCGCUGUCGUAUACUCCACUGCCGACGACGGGCUUUACGGAUCGCAUGACCUACCCGCAACGGCUCGCCAACGUGCUGCAUACAUCGCUUGCCUGGCUGAACUACAACCUGCUGCACAGGCCCAGGCACGAGGAGCUCUACCGGAAAUACCUGCCCGAGGCUGCAGCUCGUGUGCCACUCACGGCGCUCAGCCGCAACUUCUCCCUGGUGCUGCUCAAUCAGCACUUUUCGCUGAGUUUUGCACGGCCGUACGUGCCCAAUAUGAUCGAGGUGGGGGGUCUGCACAUAGCCCACAAGCCAGCGCCGCUGCCCAAGGACAUGGAUGAGUUCGUUCGGGGCUCGGGCGAGGCAGGCGUCAUUUAUUUCUCGCUCGGUUCGAAUGUGAGGAGCAAGGAUCUGCCGGUUGAGACGCGUGAGAAGAUACUGCGAACAUUCGCCAGCCUGCCGCAGCGUGUGCUGUGGAAGUUCGAGGAUGAUCAGCUGCCGGGCAGGCCAUCGAAUGUGUUCAUCGGCAAGUGGUUCCCCCAGCCGGACAUACUGGCCCAUCCCAAGGUCAGGCUGUUCAUCACCCACGGCGGCCUGCUCAGCACCAUCGAGAGCAUUCACCACGGCAAACCUGUGCUGGGGCUGCCCUUCUUCUACGAUCAGUUCCUGAAUGUGGAGCGGGCCAGGCAGGCGGGCUUUGGCCUGGGCCUCGAUCACCGAUCAAUGAGCCAGCAGGAAUUCCAGCUGACCAUCCAGCGCCUGCUCGAGCAGCCACAAUUCGCGGAGAGGGCACAGCAGAUGUCCGCCCGCUAUCGCGAUCAGCCGAUGAGUCCCCAGGAGACGGCCAUCUGGUGGACGGAGUAUGUGCUGCGGCACAAGGGUGCACCGCAUAUGCGUGUGGCUGGGCAGGACCUGAACUUCUGGGCCUAUCACAGUAUCGAUGUUCUGGGCACCCUGCUAGCUGCUGCUCUGUUGCUCCUAAUACUUUUGGUGUUUCUUUUGUGGCAGUUGGCCAAGCUGGCGGGCUUGGGUCACUCAAAGGCGAAAAAGCAAAAGAAACAGUAGCAAGUAAUCGGAAUAUUGGAAUAAAAGAGAAUACACAAUGCA